CCGGGUCCCUCCGGCGCCGGAGCAUGGACGACCCCGACUGCGAUUCUACUUGGGAGGACGAGGAUGAGGACGGCGACGGGGAUGGCGACGGCGACGACGAAGCCGCCUGCGCGGGGGACGCGGAGGACGAGGACAAGGAUGAGGGCGCGAGGCAGACGCGGCCCAGCGCGCUCCAGUCCAGGAUGACAGGGUCACGAAACUGGAGAGCCCUGCAGGAUAUGCGCAGGUAUCGGCACCACUACCCGGAUUUGGUGGAACGAGACUGCAAUGGUGAUAUGCCAAAUCUGACUUUCUACAAAAAUGAGAUCCGCUUCCUGCCAAACGGCUGUUUCAUUGAGGACAUUCUUCAGAACUGGAAGGACAACUAUGACCUCCUCGAGGACAACCACUCCUACAUCCAGUGGCUUUUUCCUCUGCGGGAACCAGGAGUGAACUGGCACGCCAAGCCCCUCACACUCAAGGAGGUCGAGGCUUUCAAAAGCUCCCAGGAGGUCCAAGAGCGGCUGGUCAGGGCUUAUGAACUCAUGCUGGACUUCUAUGGCAUCCGACUCCAGAACCGAGACACAGGCGCUGUGUGCCGGGCCCAAAACUACCAGCGGCGCUUUCAGAACCUGAACUGGCACAGCCACAACAACCUGCGAAUCACACGCAUGCUCAAGUCCCUGGGUGAGUUGGGCCUGGAGCACUACCAGGUGCCCUUGGUCCGCUUCUUCCUGGAGGAGACACUGGUGCGGCAGGAGCUGCCAGGAGUGCGGCAGAGCGCCCUGGACUACUUCGUGUUCGCUGUGCGCUGCCGUCAGCAGCGUCGCCAGCUGCUGCACUACGCCUGGGAGCAUUUCCGGCCCCGAUGCAAAUUCGUUUGGGGGCCCCAUGACAAGCUGCAGAGGUUCAAGCACGGUUCUCCAACUCAUCUGCCAGCAGGUCCCAGGCAGGCAGAAGGGCAGGACAGUCCACAGGACACCCUCCUCGAGGCUGGCACCGAGGGUCAGACCUGUGGACCAGGGAGGGAGGGGAGUGGAGACAGUGUGCCUGAGAGUCCCCAGCCAUUGAGUGUGAAGCCCCAGGAUGAGGGAUCUCUGGAGGGGAGCCAGGAAGAUGGGGCUGCAGGCACUGGGGAAGAUGGGCCAGAGCCCCCAAGCCCCAAAGAGUGCAAGAAGAGAAAGUUGGAGUUGAGCCGGCGGGAGCAGGCCCCUGGGGAGGCGGGUGCUGAGAGCGUGUCAGAGGUGGAGAAGAUCGCCCUGAACCUGGAGGGGUGCGCCCUCAGCCAGGGCAGCCUCGAGCCAGGGACCCAGGAAAGGGGCAGCCAGGAUCCUGGGGAGGCCCACCAGCCCUGCCCCCAGCCCCCAGGGGCCAGGGCAACUGACAAGGUGAGGAAGCGGAGGAAGGUAGACAAGGGUGCCAGGGACAGUGCUGUGGAGGUCAGCAGGGAGACCAAGGCACUGGCUCCAUCAGGGUGCCACGAGGCUACAGAGGUCGAAAACGGGGUCAAGGAGGAUUCUGAAGGCCAGACACAGCCUGAGCAGGCUGCCCCUGGGAGCCCGUCACAGGGCCCAGACCCUACGGCAGGACCUGCUGCCCAGGAGAGGGCUGAGGUGCCAGAGGCAUCCGAGGUGGGGCUCUCCACCAGCCCUGGAAAGCCUUAAGGGACAGGGCGCCAGCUGGCGUCUGGUCUGCUGCCGGAGUCCGGGCCUGGGGCACCCGACCCUGGCUCUCCUCGGUGCCCAGCAAUGCUGGCUUCUCCCUGGUGGCCACUAUAGUGGCCUCCAGCAGGAGUGAGGCCCCGCCUCAGGGAAGGCCCAGGCCACCAGAAGCCUCUGUCUCGCUGCACCUCCCACUCCUUGUCCUUUGCCCCAUCUUUAUAUAUUGACCCUCAGGGUCUGGGGGUGGCAGGGGCUCAUUUUCUUAGCCUGGUGCCAACCAAGGCUUUGUCUGAAUAAACUCAUUUGACUUUGA